AUGAGGCCAUAUAUUCUCAUAUUAUCCCUUGCUGGCCUCGCACUGGCGAUACAAACCCACGAGCCUCGUGCGGCGAUCGUGUGUGACGGCAGCAGCCCAGAUAUUGGCCUCAACCCCUGGAGGUGCGGCGGAAAGAGCUGCAAGCCGGGCGAGCUCUGUGUCAAGAACAAAUGCUGGCCCCUGGAAAUCGGUAGCAAUAAUGAGUCUUGCGGUAGCAGCAAGGCUGUGUGUGCUCCCGGCCAGUGGUGCAAUGCCGGCAAAUGCGACCCUAUCCAGAUCAUCCUAGAUCCUCUUGCCUGCGGCUCGGACACUUGCAAGGCUGGGGAGCUAUGCGUCAACGACUUCUGCGUUCCACUCAAUAUCGGCACGGAUGUCAACAACUGCGGCGCGACGAACAGAACCUGCGCCGUUGGAAGUGUCUGCGUUGACAAGGUCUGUGUGCCCCUGACGGUCGGCUCUCCUGAUCUCAUCAUCAGGACUGAUCUGAACAACUGCGGCGGCAAGGGAAUUCACUGCGAACCUGGGAAUAUAUGUGUCUUGGGCCAAUGUGUUGAUCUAGGCAUGCAAAACCGUACCAGUCCUGCCCGCCUUGGGACCGACCACUCGGCCUGUGGCAGCCAGCUAAAUGGAUGCAAGCCUGAAGAGCUUUGUAUCUCUGGUGAUUGUGUCGGCGGCCUCCCAACCUGCCGCAAGCAAGAGUCCACCGACAGGUACUGGUGGAACCACGAUGAUCACUACCGCCUGUCAGGUGCAUAUACGCCAAAGGGCGAUGGCUCGUGGUACUGGCCCGAGGAAGGUUACUGCCAACGCGGUGGAGUAUUUGCUGCUGGUGUAUGCUGCGAUAUAUUUGGCGAUGUUCAGACGUGUGGCCAGAAGGGUCAUGUCUGCCCGCCGAAUCAUAUCUGCUGCCGCGGGGAGUGUCUCGCUAUUGACGAUGUCGACGAUGGUCCAAUCUCUAACCCUGAUCAUUGCGGCGGCCAGACCUGCGGGUCUGGCCAUUGUUGUAUUGACAACAAAUGUGUCCCUGUUGUUAUCGACUACAAUAAGUGCGGCUAUGGCUGUAGUCAUGGAUCUAUCUGCCUCUCUGGCAAGUGUAUCCAGGCCAGCCGUGACCCUAGGAGCUGCAGAGGCGUUAGAUGUCCCUCCAACAGCCUCUGCAUCAUGGGCAAGUGCGUGUCCAUGAUCGACGACGGCCGUUGCCAUGGAGGUUGCGAGCCUGGAAAUAUAUGCAUCGACGGCAUGUGUCUCCCUAUUGAUAAGCCUCCGUCGUGCAGACCGUCAUGCCCAGCAGGGACAAUCUGCAUCGAGGGCGCUUGCACUGCUAUCACUAAUCCAAGCCAGUGUAAUUCGAAAGGGCUAAAUUGUCCGCCUGGGUUCAUCUGCGUGUCAAAUAGAUGUGUACCAUGGUCUCAGCCAGCUCUUUGCGACUCUGGCGGGAAAGCAUGCCCUGCUGAUACUGUGUGUGUCUUGGGCAACUGCGUCGCCAUUGAAGAUUCUGCCAACUGCGGCACGGGUAAUAAGAGGUGCGCUGCAAACGAACUCUGCUUAGGCGGUCUCUGCACUGCCCUCGACGCAGCCAAGUGUGCUGUUGAUACUGACUGCAAGGGUGCACAAUAUUGUGACAAGAAGAAGUUGGUGUGUAUUGAAUCGGAAGCGUGCGAAGUCAACACUACCUGUCGGAAUGGAGGCAAAUGCUUCAUUGGCUGCUGUAUGCCUCUAUGCUCAAGUGAUCAGGACUGUGCAGGAUGGGGUGUCUGUGGAAGAGAUCACUGCAUCCCGACUUGCAAUGUUCUAACCGAUUGUCCCAAUGAUUUUCUCUGUGACGAUGGCGUCUGCAUCCCACGGUCAGCUUCCUGUAGAAGCACCGAUGACUGCAAAGAAGGACAGCUCUGCGAUAUGGAAGAUCGUAUCUGUGUUCCUGGGACUGGAUGCGAGAAGGAUAAGCAGUGUCUUGACGGCCAGCUAUGCCACAAGAAAACCUUCGUCUGUGUCAAUCUCAAGCUCUGCGCUACGGGCUCUGAUUGUUCCAACAGAGACACCUGCGUGGACGGAUACUGCACUCCGACCUGCGCUGCCGCCGCUGAUUGCGGGAGCUGGUCUCUCUGUGUGAACAACCGCUGCCAGGACAAAUGCAAGACAGAGAGCGACUGUAUCUUUGGUAGCACGUGCGGCCCCAGUGGUGUCUGUGCUGAGCUGCCCUCCGACACCUGUACGUCCAACAACGACUGUAGGAGUGGGCAGUUAUGCUACAACGGUGGCAAGUGCCGCAAUGAGCGUGUUGGAUGUCUAGUGGACAAUGACUGUCCUCUUGGCAGAGUCUGCGGCAAGGGAAAUGUUUGCCUUGACAUGGCUACGCCCCCUUCACGAUUGACGUUGGGAUCGGAUAGCCUUGGUUCGGAUCAAGAUGCCAACAGUCCUUCGACACCGGCUCCAUCACCUCCCAGCCUACGGCUUGGAUCUCCAAAGCAAGAUACCGCAUCGCCCAAGCCCGUCAUUCCCUCCACCAAGCCCUAA